AAAAACAGUUUGGAGACAGGCUGUAGCUGAUUAUUUAAACCGAAGGCACGACCUUUUCGAGUGCGGGAGCAGGCAGCUUAGGUCCUGCAAGCGGCAGCAGUCGCAGCACUCAGAGCUGAAGCGUCCUUUCCAGCUGAUUGCGUUGCCCUGUCAACCAGCAGGAAGUACAACAAACGUUGUAGCCACUGGAGAUUCAUUGCCACUGAACUGAAGUGCAGUGCCUAGAGCGUGCUUGGUGGAAAUCCAAUCGAAAUGGCGUACUCGGUGACGCCGAAUCGGGCCAACCUGGUGCUGCAGAUGCUGCUGCAGGCCAACACCUAUGUGUCCAUGGUGUGGGCCAUGAGCUACAUGAUCCACAUGCUCAUACGCCUGCAUCACUUGUGGAACCUAGAGGGCCUGUCCAUGCUGGUGGCCUACGUUUUGGCGGUGUCCGCUGAAUCCGUACGCCUGUACGCCGGCUACUCGGUGAACCUGUGCUCUGGCGCCACCGCCAUGUGGAUGCUGCUCACCGUGACGCCCUGCAUCCUGCUGCCCGCCAUGGUCUUUCUUCGCCUCUCAGCUGCCGGACGCAGUUUGUGGCUACGCAUCAUCACGAACGCCGUGUUCGCGCUGAUAGUUCUCGAGGUGAUCGUGUCCCUGGUGCACUUUGUCAUCUGCAAGCCCGGCUGUAAGCUGCCGCUGCCGCUGCCGCUCCCACUGGAAGAGAACGAACAGCUGCCGGAGGAGGAGGAGGAGGAGGAGGAAGAGGAACAGCAGCAGCAGUCCGCCAGUGUGGGCACGCCCACGACCAAUGAGCAAAGGCGACGCGUGCGACGCUCCCCGGAAUCGAAAUGAUGAGCCGUGCAGCAGGUGGUUAUAAGUAAGGCUCUGCGUUUUACUUGGACAUUGGCAUAAAUAAUAAAGUAGGAUAAGCUAUUUAA